UUCAAAAUGGCGGCAAGUGCAGACUGUGUGCAUGGAAAAUAUAGAAGUCCCCUUACUAGCCGAUAUGCCAGCCCAGAAAUGGCAUAUAACUUUUCUGAAGACAAGAAAUUUUCGACCUGGAGGACUUUGUGGCUUUAUCUCGCUAAAGCUGAAAAGGAACUAGGAUUAGACACUACUGAGGAGCAAAUUACAGAAAUGGAGGCCAACCUUAAGAACAUAGAUUAUGAAAUGGCCACAACUGAAGAGAAGAAACGUCGUCAUGAUGUCAUGGCACAUGUCCAUACCUUUAGUGCUUGUUGCCCUAAAGCUGCUUCUAUCAUCCACCUGGGAGCUACGUCAUGUUAUGUUGGUGAUAAUACGGAUCUCAUAGUAAUCAGGGAUGCAUUUGAUAUCCUGCUUCCUAAGCUUGCCAGGUGCAUCAAGAGAUUGUCAAAUUUUGCUGAACAGAACAAGGCAUUACCAACCCUUGGUUUUACACACUAUCAGCCAGCGCAGUUGACUACGGUUGGUAAGAGAGCAUGUCUGUGGAUAUCUGAUCUUCUGAUGGAUCUAAGGAAUAUUCAAAGGGCAAAAGAUGACCUGAGGUUUCGUGGGGUGAAGGGGACGACAGGCACUCAAGCUAGCUUCCUUAGCUUGUUUGAUGGGGACCAUGAAAAGGUAGAGAAGCUAGAUAUGCUGGUUACAAGUAUGGCAGGUUUUAAAUCAGCAUAUAUAGUGACAGGUCAGACCUACAGUCGUAAGGUUGAUCUGGACUGCCUCUCAGCACUCAGUAGCCUUGGUGCUUCUGUUCAUAAGAUUUGUACAGACAUCAGACUGUUGGCUAAUCUGAAGGAGAUCGAAGAACCUUUUGAGAAAGACCAAAUAGGUUCUAGUGCUAUGCCAUAUAAGCGUAAUCCAAUGAGAAGUGAGCGUUGUUGUAGCUUGGCCAGGCAUUUGAUGGUAUUAGUGGGUGAUGCACAGCAAACGGCAGCUUUGCAGUGGCUGGAGCGAACACUUGAUGACAGUGCAAACAGGCGUAUCAGCUUAGCUGAAGCAUUUUUGACCGCAGACAUCUUGUUGAGUACCCUGCAAAACAUUUCAGAAGGGCUGGUGGUAUAUCCAAAGGUGAUUAAGCGUCACAUUAUGCAGGAGUUGCCUUUUAUGGCUUCAGAGAAUGUCAUCAUGGCCAUGGUCAAGAUGGGAGGGAAUAGACAGGAGUGUCAUGAAAAGAUCCGAGUUCUGUCACAAGAAGCUGGUAUGGUCGUCAAAGAAGAAGGCAAGGACAAUGAUUUGGUAGAGCGAAUCAAAUCAUGUCACUAUUUUGCUCCUAUUCAUAAUCAACUUGAAAAACUACUUGAUGCAAGCACCUUCAUAGGCCGUGCACCAGAACAGGUUGAUAGGUUUCUGCGCGAGGAGCUGACACCAUCACUCAAACCUUAUGAAUCCCAUCUUGGAGGUUCCUCGACCAUAAAUGUUUAGAUACAACUGUCAACCGUAAGUAACACCCACUAGUAAAUAUACAUUUCUAUCUUAGUUUGUGUGGUCAUUCUUGUCUGUUUCCUUUCUCUGCCUUAUUUCAACUUGAAAACCUACAGUAGUUAGUAAUGAGAUGCACGAUUGGUGUGCACCACUUAUAUCUCCUCUCACCAGGGUUAAAUUCCCAGGCUUGCCGUGUCAUGUGAGAAGAAUCCACCUUUUUCACGUUAGCCAUCAUGUGUUAUAAAUAUGUAUUGGAUUGUGUUAUUGCCACCAAA